UGAGUUAUGCAAAUUAUUUUACAGAUUCACUCAGUUUGUAAACAGAAUUGGACAACUGACAAUUGACAAAAGUCCAUAACAUUGCCUUAGAUGUUAUAAUGCUGCACACUUGGCCAGUUGUUUAGGUAUACUCAAAAGUUUCUAAAAAAUUUACAACAUUGGCAUAGUGAGAACUACCAAUUUUUUGCCAGAAAAAUAGAUCUUUACUUUUUGAUGCUGAUAGAUAAAAGAAGAUGAUAUUUAAAAUGCUAUUGCAGCAAGCUUCUUGUGAAGCCCCAUUAUUUGAUUAUGCAGUCAAAAAAGCAGACCCUAAAGAUUUGAGAACAGUAUUUAAUAAGUAUGCUACCAUUGAGAAAGAUGGUGAGCGUUUUAUGUCACCCACUGCUCUUGUUAGAGACUUUUUGCUCAUGGAUGGUGCAUUUGCCAAUGAAAAAACACUAUCUCUGUUAUCAGGUGUUGUAAACCAAUCAAAAGAUGGGUUGAUUUCAUUUCAUGAAUUUCAAGCAUUUGAAACUUUGCUUUGCAAGCCUGAUGCAAAAUUUCGAGUUGUUUUUGAAAUGUUUGACAAAAACCGAAAAGGAUCAGUUACAUUUGAUGAAUUUAAAAAGGUGUUUGAUAGUCAGAUAAAUGCGCAGAAAUAUCCAUUCAAUUAUGAAUCAGAGUUUAUAAAAAAUUACUUUGGUGCUGAAAAAGAUGUGCAAGUCAACUAUCAUGAGUUUACACAGCUUAUUACUGAUUUAAACAAAGAAUAUAUGAAGCAACUAUUCCAGCAAAAGGCAGGACAAAAUAAUUUUAUAACGGCUGCUCAGUUGGUUGAAAUAAUGAAAGUUGGGUGCAGUCACAAGCUCUCUCAGUUCACACUAGAUAACAUAAUGGCUAUGGUCAUGACAGAAGCAACAUCCAAUCGUGUGAGUUUUAUUUAUUUCUCUGCAUUUUAUGAUCUGCUAAAUAACUUUGAUCUUGUUGAGAAAAUUUUGCAGAAUGUAGAUGAUAACAGCAAAUAUAAAGAGAUCAGUAAAGAACAGUUAUUAUUGGCAUCACAGCGUUAUCCUCAAAUAUCUCCACUGCAAAUUGAUAUAUUGUUUGAUAUUUUAAAUGCAUCUCAUCCUGAUAAAAGCACCGUCUCAAGAAUUGAGACCAAAAAGUUACUUCCAAAAGUGGAUCCCAUGUCUGUGUUUUCUAAAAUUCAUCAACAUCAAAUAUAUGAAGAUGAAGUUCUAAUAGAACAGCCAUUAAUUAAUAGCAUUGCAGAGUCAGGAUAUAAAUUUUUUCUAGGCUCGCUUGCUGGAGCUUCUGGUGCAGCUUUUGUCUAUCCUAUUGAUCUUGUGAAAACUCGUAUGCAGAAUCAGCGCAGUGUCAUACCCAGUGAACGCAUGUAUCAAAACAGUUUUGACUGUUUUCGUAAGGUUGUUGCAAAUGAAGGAAUUGCUGGACUAUAUAGAGGCUUGAUACCUCAGCUGAUUGGUGUCUCUCCAGAAAAAGCUAUCAAACUAACAACAAAUGAUACUGUUCGUAAAUAUUUCACUGAUAAAGAUGGAGAAAUUAGACUUAUAGGAGAAAUCCUUGCUGGAGGAUGUGGUGGUGGAGCUCAAGUUAUGUUCACUAAUCCUAUAGAAAUAGUUAAAAUUCGAAUGCAAGUAGCUGGUGAAUUAGGUGUACGACCUAGUGCUUUAGAGCUAUGUAGGGAACUGGGAUUUACUGGACUCUAUAAGGGUGCUAGAGCUUGUUUUUUACGUGAUAUUCCAUUUUCUGCUAUCUAUUUUCCUUGCUACGCUCACUUUAAAACAUCAUCUGCUGAUCAUAAUGGUUAUAAUAACCCAUUGUCAUUACUUUUAUCUGCAGCUGCAGCUGGAGUACCAGCUGCUUACCUUUGUACACCAGCCGAUGUAAUCAAGACAAGACUUCAGGUGAAAGCUCGUAGAGGCCAACAGACAUACAGGGGUGUUAUAGACUGUGCUCGUAAAAUCUAUGUUGAAGAAGGUGGAACUGCUUUUUUUAAAGGUGGACCAGCUCGUGUUUUACGCUCUUCGCCACAAUUUGGCGUAACUCUGAUGGUAUAUGAAAUGCUUCAAAGAUUUUUGUAUAUUGAUUUUGGUGGAGGUUAUACGAAAACUGAAGUUACGCCUGAAAAUCCUGAAGUAUCUUUACAUCCUGAACACAUCGGUGGUUUACGCUUGGCAGUUUCAACUUUUUCUGGAAUUGAGACUAGGUUUGGUUUAAUGUUACCAAAGUUUAAUGACCCACCUAAGCUAGCAUCUAAAACGCCUAUGAAAGUUUCCACUUAACAGUGUAAUUCUGAAAAGAAAAUACUGUUAAAUGAUUUUUAUAAAUAAAAUACAAAUAUAAAAA